UUUUUAAUUUGUUUUUUCACCAUAGAGAUGGCUCAGGAGACCAACCAGACCCCAGGGCCCAUGCUGUGUAGCACAGGAUGUGGAUUUUAUGGGAAUCCUAGAACUAAUGGAAUGUGCUCAGUCUGCUAUAAAGAACACCUUCAACGACAACAAAACAGUGGACGAAUCAGUCCAAUGGGAUCAUCAAGUGGUUCCAACAGCCCUACCUCAGACUCUGCAUCUGUACAGAGAGCAGAAACUAGUUUAAACAACUGUGAAGGUGCUGCUGGCAGCACAUCUGACAAAUCAAGCAGAAAUGUGCCUGUUGCCGCCUUGCCUGUAACACAGCAAAUGACAGAAAUGAGCAUUUCAAGAGAGGAGAAAGUAACUCCGAAAACAGAGACAACUGAGCCAGUUGUAACUCAACCCAGCCCUACAGUUACUCAACCUAGUGCAUCUCAGAAUGAAGAAAAAACGCCUGAAAUGCCCAAACCAAAGAAGAACAGAUGUUUUAUGUGUAGAAAGAAAGUUGGCCUUACAGGGUUUGACUGCCGAUGUGGAAAUCUGUUUUGUGGACUUCACCGUUACUCUGACAAGCACAACUGCCCAUAUGAUUACAAAGCAGAAGCUGCAGCAAAAAUCAGGAAAGAGAAUCCAGUUGUUGUGGCUGAAAAAAUCCAGAGAAUAUAAACUUACCUACUUGGUGAAAAGACUGAUUUCCUUUCUUUUUAUUUUAAAAUAUCCUAGGAAAACAUUAAAGAGCAGAUGCAUGGCCAUUUUCCUUUGAUGUUCUCCCGACUUUUACUUUAGUCUGUCUUAUUGAUUGAUAUUUUAGGAUGUUGUGGGUGUUACAGGCAGAAUUGGAUAGAUACAGCCCUUUAAGAUGUAUACAUGCCCUCCCCAAAAAUGAUUUGAAAGAGUAAGACCUGCACUGGAAAAAUGACAUACACAAAGGACAGAGUUGUCUAGUUCAUAUGUGCCAAACAGAUGCAUAAAAUCUGCAUGUUUGCAGCAGAUUUGCCUUUUGGGAAUGUAAUUGAAGAAUAUCAUCCUUUGAUAGUGCUACGUGCCUGUUUGAUUACAUGUACACCAGGGAAAA